CUGCUAUCCGUCUCUCAGUAAGUAUUAGUCCAAAACGCGCUCGUCGUUUUGAUCCCACGCCGCGUAAAGAGAGGUUGAAACUUCCAAGAACCAGCACGAAGAUGAAAAUUUAUGUGGAGUUUUCACGCCGAUACAAAUACUAUAUUUCGCCCAUGUCCCUCUGAUCAAAUUUCUGUGAAAACCCAAAAGGAGAAUUUUGUUUUUCUUUUCAUUUGGGAAGUAAAAAAAAAAAAAGAGGAGUCUUUUUUCUACACGUUUUGCUUUCUUCUGUUGCGUUUUCACUUUUCCCGAGCGAUCAAAUCUACUUUUUCACUUUUGUCCACCGCUUUGUAAAAGGAGCCCCUUUUUCCAGCAUCAAAAUCCGCCUGCGGUGUGCCGUGAGAAUGCAUCAGAAGGUGUACCUUGAAGCAUUGGUGUUGUACCUUUUGACAUGGGCUGCAAUUGGUGCUCAUCAACCUCAGAAGCAGCUGAAAUCCGGCAGAGGCUCCGGGUCCUCUGUAAUUUUUCCGGUCUCUGGGAGUGUUUUUCCACAAGGGUACUAUUACGUGACAAUGAGCUUUGGCAAUCCCUCGAAAAAAUAUUUUCUUGAUAUAGAUACAGGCAGUGAUCUUACUUGGCUUCAAUGUGAUGCACCUUGCGCACAAUGCACUCCGGCACCUAACAGUCUCUAUGAGCCCAAAAGCAAUCUAGUAUCAUGCACACAUCCUGUAUGUACUUCUCUUCAAGGGCCUGAUAACCCUGAUUGUAGGGACCCGAACAAGCAAUGUGACUAUAAGAUUGAUUAUGCUGAUUAUGGUUCGUCCCUUGGUGUACUGGUCAAAGAUUCGGUUUCUCUCAAUUUGACCGAUGGUGCAGUUGUGGCCCCACAAAUAGUGUUCGGAUGUGGAUACAAUCAAGAAGUUAUAGAUUUAGCUAAUCGGCCCUUCACUGAUGGAGUCCUUGGGCUCGGGCUCGGUAAUUCGAACAUUUUAAGCCAGUUACGAGCCUUGGGUGUGACUCGAAAUGUUGUUGGUCACUGUUUCAGUGGGCAAGGUGGAGGCUUUCUUUUCUUUGGAGAUGACUUUCUUCCUAAAUCAGGGAUUACAUGGAAAAAGAUUUCGACUCACCAUUUAAAGCACUAUUCCUUGGGAUCAGCAGACGUCCGAUUUGGUGGUCAGCCUACAAAUGUUAAGGGCCUCGAAAUAGUUUUUGAUAGUGGAAGCACUUACACUUAUUUUGUCUCUCAAGCUUAUAAUGUCAUUGUCUCUAUGAUAAAGGAAAAUUUGAAUGGAAAAUUGAAAGUUGCAGUUGAGGACAAAAGCCUUCCCAUGUGUUGGAAAGGUCCAAAACCCUUCAAAUCCAUUCGGGAUGCCGCUAGCUACUUCAAGCCUUUGGUUUUGAGCUUUACGAACGAGAAAAAUGUUCAUUUUCAGAUGCCCCCAGAAUCUUAUCUCAUUGUCACCGGAAAAGGGAACGCCUGCUUAGGCAUAUUGAACGGCGAUGAAGUUGGAUUAGACAAUAUGAACUUGAUUGGAGAUAUUUCACUGCAAGAUAAGUUGGUGAUCUAUGAUAACGAACGGCAGCGGAUUGGAUGGGCCCCGGCAAAAUGCAACAGGCCUUCAAAUGUGGUUCGUGAUUAUGGGGACGAUUUUAGCCUGCCUUAUCCUGCCGAUAAUGGUUUUUGGAAGAAUAUUACGACCAAGUUUUGGUUUGCAGUUGGAGCAAUGCAGUAAGUAAAAACAGUUGAUUUGUAAUUUGAUGUUUUCCUAUGGAAGAUCAGAUAUUGUGGUUAACCUUUGUGGUGUGUGACAUUUGGUGUGUACAUAUAUAUUGAAAUCUUUGGACUGUUACUAGCCUGUGUAAAAUCUUUUGUGUAAACUUUGGUAAAAUAGUGAUGAAAUGAAUUGAAUGGACUCAAAAUAUAGUAACGAAUGCAUUCAUGGUGGUUACAUUUUAAUAUCAUAACUCGCCCCCAUAUGCCUGUCUAG